AUCAAAGGUGGUGGAUGUGUGAUGAUUUUUUAUGGCUUAAUUGUUUGUGAAUUGGAUAUCUGAUCUUUGUAUGAUUAGAGGGGAUGUUUGCUUAAUAGAAUAAUCCAUUUUAAUUCAUGUUUAUUUUUAACAUGAACUUUAGUAACUCAAAACCUUCGAGACACAUAUCACCUACUGCAUUGUAUCAUUUUGCCUGGGUGCUUGCUGUGUUGUCAAACUUCUUUGCUGCUGCUGCUGCUGCUUUUACACUAACAGGGGAGUUAAGAACCCAUGAAUGUUUCCGUUUGACACAAACAGGAGGACUUGCUUCUAAAUCGUGCACUAAAGAUUAUUGGAGGAAACAUCUCUAUUGCAGUUGAUAUACUGGAGACUAGAGGUGGCAAUUGGAUCGGAUUCGUGGAUUCGUGGAUUGGAUUGGUGGAUCCAUGGAUCAAAUGGAUUGGAUCCAAUGGAUUGAUGGAUUCAUGGAUUGGAUCAAAUGGAUUGGUGGAUUGAUCCAUGAAUCCAAAAUGACAUCCAAGGCUUUGACCAAGAUGUAAAUUUUGAAAAGUUUAGGUACUAAAAUGUCAUAAUGAAAAAUUUUAGGUACCAAAGUGUAAUUUUCCAAUGAUAUUUUUUGUAUAAAAAUAUAAAUUUUAGGUACCAAAAUGUAAAAUAUAAAAAUAUAGGUACCAAAUCGUAAUUUGCCAUUUUGGAUUCAUGGAUGGAUCCAUGAAUCCACCAAUCCAAUUGGAUUUGGAUCAAAUGGAUUGGAUUUAAAUGGAUUGGAUUAAGUGGAUAAUUUGGUGGAUGGAUUGGAUUGGAUUCAUGGAUUUGGAUCCUAAUUGCCACCUCUACUGGAGACCAGAACAAAAGCAAUGUAUAACAUCAAAACCAACCAUCUGAACUAUUAGCAUUGUUGCUUUACUAUUUUUUUGUGGUUGAGUCUCCUUCAAAAAAUUUAGUUUGAUUUUAGAAAAUUUUGCUUCUGCAGUCCUGUCUUGCCACCAACGCAUUCAGUAGAUGGAGAUGGCAGAGGCGAAGGCUAUUUUUGUGUUGUUGUUGCUGGUUUAGGGAUCGGUUUGUGAAGAAGAGGGAGAAGAGAGGGGGAAAGGGAAAUGUCGGAGAGGGAGGUAACUCUUUUCUCUGAAAAAAUGGAGUGAAGAAAAGAAUUAUGAUCAGUAAGUAUAUGGUUGUCUUACAUUUACAUAACGUCUCACUCAUUUUUAGCAAAUUAUCUUCUUCGUUAGGCCUACCGUUUUUGCUUUUAGGUUCAUUAUUUUGACUUCCCAAGAGGUUACUCAUCUAUGCACUAUUUCACCCAAAGCAAGUUACUUAUGGCCUAUGGAUCUUUCACGUGAUUUUUUUACGUAGUAUAUGAACCCCCACUCUUUGGUAACGAGGAGGUAGUUUUAAGUAUGUUGGUACCACACACAUACAUAGAGCCUAUGGUACCUUGUUUCCCAUGUGAUGAAGCCUUGUAAGUAAGUAAGCUGGUGAUUGCGACAAAAUACUAGUUAGGUUUAGCUCGAGCCUCGGGGUAAGGGUUCCCUUCCAAGAAAACCAUUUCCAGGUAAACUAAGAAUUUGAACACACAAGCAUUGCAUGAGCAUGUUCCUUUUAUGUUUGUUGAGUUGGUUCUUUCUCAAGUAAAACUCAAAUAGGAUUAGGUUUGACCCUCAGACGACUCACACUCAGGACUUUCAGAAGCACUAGGAGUCAAGUGUACUAGGGGAAUCAUCAGUUCAUCGGGAUGACGACUCUAGAGAACUCCAAUAGAAAGAUAGUCAACUUUCAAUGUAACUAGUAGGACUUAGAGAUUGGUGCAUUAUUAAUUAAGAAAUAUAUGAAGUAAACUAUUGCAACCUUAUGUUGGAUGGUACUUAAGUUGCAUGUUUAUUAUGUUGAGGUUUCUUUUAAUUUUUAGAAUUCUUUUAAGUGAUAUUUUCGCUAUGCUUUUAAGUAGUUAAUGUUCAAUUUAUUAUGAGGUCAUAUAGUAAAUUCAGUGCCCUACCGGUGUUGUGUGUUACACAAAAUUACCCUUUUUGUGAUAUAACUUCUAUGGAUGAUGGUUGAUACUAAAAGUUGAAUACAAAAAUAUUAUAGCUUUGAAAGAGGAAGUUUGGCUUUACCAUUGCAUGUCAUGUUCUGUUUCAAACUUCCUCUCUCUUUUUUGAUUCUUAGACAGACACGUGGUCAGAUUUUGGUGGGGGUGUUGAAGGGGAUCUAUCCCGUGUGAGCAAUAUGUCAUGACAGAAUAUGUGUCGGAGUAAGCAUGAUGGUUGUAUGAGGUUUCGCUGUUUUGAACAUUUCAAUCAAACUCUGUCGGCUAAGAUUGGCUGACGAAUCCUUAUCGAACCUCACUCUCUCCUUGCCCAGGUUUAUAAAAGGAAAUAUUUUCCUAGAGGAACUUUCUUUGAAGCCACUGCGGGGUCUCGACCGUCGUGGGGCUGGCAGAGUAUCCUUUUUGAUCGCCAGCUAUUGGUUAAGGGCCUACGCUGGCAAGUUGGGAAUGAUAACUUGGCUCCCUGAUUCACUCUUCUUGGAUUCCUCGGCUUCAUCCCCAUGCCCCAGUAUAUAAUCCUCCAGUGUUACUAGAGACUGGUGACCCUAAGGUGGCGGAAGUGAUUUGCCAAGGGGAAGACCAGUGGUUUGACCCAGCUACUUGUCGUGCCAUUAAAUCAAUUCCUCUUCCUCGUGAUAAUGUGGAGGAUAAGUUGAUUUGGCAUAAUACAUUUGAUGAAGUUUUACUGUCAAGUCGGCCUAUCAUCUUGUUGUUUUGUUGGAUAAACAAGAAGGGCGGUGACGCUCCUUGGCAAGUUGGAUGGAUAGGUCGAUUUGGAUAUGCAUGUGGGAAGUCAAUAUUCCACCAAAAUUGAAGGUACUUUUAUGGCAAAUUUGACAUCGAAUCCUUCCUACGAUGGAAGCCCUAAUUGAAAAGAAGGUCUCGGUGCUUCCCAGAUGCCCAGUUUGUUCGGCCAAAUCGAAAAUAAUGGAGCACUUGUUUCUUGAUUGCUCAGUCGCUAGGGCCUUAUAGGACCAUUCAGGACUCGAGUAUGUUGGCCAGGGCUUGCCUCAUCAUACGUUCCCUCAUUUUCUUAAAAAAGCUGAUGUUGCUGAUACACCAACCUCAAUUAUUUAUGGUCAUUGUCGCGGUACUCUGGAGAAUCUGGCAUUCACGUAAUUGGGUUGUUUUUUAGGACAAGCAAUUUGGGAUCCCUGCGUUGAUGCGCCAGUUUCACCAGCAGUAUCAGGAGUGGAUUAGUUUGCCAACUGACCGGAUACAGUGUAUAGCCAUCCCACUAGCUCAGUCACUGGGUGCGGGCACCAUUCAUCGGUCAUCUGUAGAUGGGAUGGAGAUACUAAAUGUGGAUCCCACUCAGUUGGAGGAAUGUUUAUCAUUGAAUCAAGGGGAGGGGGCACUCCUCUUGGCAAGAGGGAUAGAGUUUUCUGUUAUUGAUGAUCCUAUGGUGGUCGAGCUGCUCGUCCUUCGGGAGACUUUUCUCUUGUGCCUAGCGAAUGGGUUUACGGAGGCGAGGUUUGAGGGGAGAUGCCAAAGUGGUCGUUGACAAAAUUAAUCAGGUUGAUACUUGCGAUAAUCGGGUAGAGCCAUUCUUGACGAGGUUUGGUGUUUGUCGGCCAAUUGUCUGGGGCUUAAUGUGAGAUUUGUAGGUCGGAGUAGAAAUAUGAUAGCUCAUGUGGUGGCUAGAAACAUCCGUUCAUUGUACCACACUACGUGUCGCUUAUUUGAUUUUCUGGCCUGGUUAAAUUCCAGAAUGUAAUGAUCUUUUGGUCUACAUGAUUAUCUUUUGUUUAAAAAAAAAUUAGUAUCACUAGAUUAAAUUAAAAAAAAGGGU